AUGACAGUUACAACUCCAUUGGCCCUUACCACCACCUUCUCACCACCACCAGAUUGUUUCACUGACACAUGGUACAUUGAGUAUGUAACAGGCGAGUACUACUACACCACUUCGAUUUCAAAUUCCCUCGAGGGAUGGUAUCUCAGCCAGGGGCCGACGAACUGGAGGACCUGUUUCCCUUCCGGAUAUGAGGCAACGACCGAUUUUUACUACUCGCCAGGCGUGUGUCCAUCGGGCUAUUCCAUAGCCAAGUCGUCGGUUCUUAGUAUUGGAGUUAGUUCAGAAACCCGGGCAACCUGCUGUCCAUCAAGCUUCACUGCCCAAGCAGAUAAUUUUUUGGUGUGGUACUCGACCAACCGAUGCUUUUCGGCUGACACCAAGAUGGACCAUGUAUGGACUUUCACCCAAGGGGGAACGGUAACUAGCAUGACGACCUCUGGUGGACUGAAUGCCAAGGCGGUUUUCAUUCGAUGGCAAGAAACCGACCUUCAGACGCCGGCCACCACCACCGCCACCACCACCACAGGUUCGACUGAUACCACCACAGACUCAACCGCGACCAGCACGGGGUUGAGCUCAGGACCAUCGGCUACGGCGGCAACCGCGACCGCGGCCGCGGCCGCAGACCAGAGUAGCAAUUCAUCGCAAGGAGGAUCUUCAAGGGCAUGGAUUGCUGGGCCUGUCAUCGGAGCUGCGGUUGCGUGUGCUUUGAUCGCGCUCGUCGCCACAUGGUAUAAUCGGCGACGAUGGCAGCAAAAAAAUUCUACGAGAUCCUAUUACUCGCCACAAGGUCCGCAUCGUAUGGCAGAACUUUACCAAGAACCCAAGCUGGCUGAAGCCCCAUCCGAGGCUAUUUACCCAGGACCAAUCGAACUUCCUGCCACACACCAUCGAUAA